UCGAAAAUUGAAAACACUUUUCGUUUCUCCAGUCACAUUUUGAUUCCAACUUUCAAGCGAUUUCAGGCUUCAACAUGCAGGGCCGACAAAACCCGAAUCGGGAGUUCAGCAUACCCAGCUUCACGUCCAUAUGCGGUGGUCGCCGCCUAUGCGAGAAGUCCAAGAUGCUGUACACCCGACCCAAGCCGGAUGUGCUGCAGAGCAUCCUGCAGUCGAAGGCCAAUCCGGAGUACAAGUCGCGACGCCUGUGGUACGAACUGAAUAUGCCGGAGUGCGCCAGCUCCCUGCUGGACGGAAAGAUGAAGUCCGACUUGCCGGACAACAUACUCUGCGCGAAGAAGGAGCAGAAGAAGCGCCAGAAGAAGCGGGAGAGCGGCGUGGCCAAAGCCAACUACAUGACCAUGCGCCUGGAGCGGGAGCACUUCAGGCGCAAGCUGGUGGAUCUCAUCCUCCACAUGGACGACGACCAGGAUCCCGAGCUGGCCGCCCAGUGCGCCGUGCCGUUUCCCGACCAGGAGGAGCGCGAGAUCCUGCGAUACUACUACUACAUUAAGCACGGAAUCGACACCAUUCACGUGUCGCCGUUGAGCAAGAAAAUCCUUAAGAGGAUAACUGAUCUUGUACCGCCGCUGCUCUACAAAUGGCAGACGGCCCUCAACGAAAACAUAGCCGAGGUCCGGGCGGACUACGUGUUCGCCAUGAAGAAGGCCGUGGUGGACUUCGUCCUGCGGCACACGGUCCUCGAUCGUCUGACCAAGGAGGGAAUGGGUGGCAAGUUCGACACCGCCGAGCGGAGGGAGGUGCAAUCCAUGACGAACUUUUGGCGAUAUCGCUACGACGAGAACCGCAACGUUUUGAUGAAGACGCUCUUUUGCAUACAUCGAAGUGUGGCCAGCAUCUUGGAGCUGUGGAGCAUGAAAUAUAAGGAUAAGUCCCUUAUCGACAGCAAGGAGUUGGCCAAAGUCGAGAGCCCCUUUUCAUUAUUCACGUUUGUGUAUUUGUGUGGUUCCCACAUCGACAAUGGAAAGACUUUGCUGGAGGAGAGCUGGUAUGGUGAGAUCCACUCGUCCUUGUUGAAGGCCAGUAAACGAGGACAGUUGCCGGACAUUCGGCGUUUUACUCUGGUUAAACGAUUCUUUAACUGCGUGGCCGCUUUGAUGACUCAGCAACUGGAGGACAUAUGCAUCAGGAGUCUGAAGGAGUACGCCGACUUUAUAUGCGAUUAUGGGCACUCAAAUCCUGGGUUCGAGAUUUCUGUAAUGCUGGCCGACGAGGACACGAUCCAAUUCAAUCCCAGCUUCUCAAAGGUCCAGAGUGAGCUGCUCCGUGUCAUCGAUUCGAUCAUGCUUAGUAUUCAAAUGCUGCCCCGCAUCGAGAGCAAGCUAUAUACCGACCUGAUCGUGUCAAAAAAGAUCUUCCUCACACCCACAGUUCCCGACAGCAUCGUUCAGGAGACGAAGAACCGGAUAUGCGCCAUGUUAGAGGAGCAGCGCAUCGGUCCAGAGCUGCGGCUGCAGGACUUUGAUCCCUUCAUCGAUUUGAUCAAUGGAAGCGAUGCAGAGCGGGUGGGUAACUUUAUGGAAAGCGAUGCCACCUUCGAACAGUAUGCGGAGAUGGUGUACGAGUACAAGGAGAAGGAGGAUCGCAUUGCCAGGGAGGUGUGGGCUGUCAUCCGGAUGGGCUUCUACGAGUUUCACAGGGACAAGUUCAUCACUCACCUGGAAAGCUUGUGCAGGCAGUUGCAGUUGGACUUGCUGGCUAGGAUGGUGACCGAUCAGCAGGCGAGGAUCACUCGAUUGGGCAAGGAGUACGAUGCUAUUGCCAAGAAGGCGUUAACUGUGCCCAAGGACACGGCGGAGUUGAUGCAAUUGAAGGCCUAUGUGGUCCAUGCUGAAGAGAAUCUAGUGCCAGAGAUGGAGGCCAGACUGAAAGUGAAUAUGAGCGAAAUUCUUUGGCUGAUGGAUCACACCUUGUAUUCCCCCUUGGAGAUCAAGAACAACAGUAACUCCUUUCAGUGGUAUCUGAAGCUUCCGUCCAUUUUCGAGCAACAUCGCGCGAUCAUUGCCGAAAAGGUGAUCGAGUACCAGGAGCUUCUCAAGAAGCGCAUCGAGCUCUUCCGACGGGAGCUGCAAAAUUACUACGAACAGGUGCAAACCUACGACACGUGGGGCGACAUUAAGCAGCUUUCUAGGUACAAGAAGCGGGCUGGGGUGCUGGAUCAGCGAUUAGUACAGGCCAUGGAGACAAUUGAUCAAAUUAACGAAGAGGAAACGUCCUACGGCUGGGAUCUAUCCCAAUAUCCCAUGAGAAAGAAAGCCCAUGACCAGCUUAAGCCGUAUAAAACACUAUUCGAUGCAGGACAGGACUUCAUGGACAAGUGGGACCUGUGGAUGCAUUCGCAAGUGGGCUCCUUCGACCCCGAUGAGAUCGAUGGCGAUGUGUCCAACUUGUAUCGCAUCAUCCAGAAACUAGACAAACAGAUGGGCGAUCAUCCUAUUACGAUGCAGCUAAUCCAGGAUGUCAAGGCCCAAAUCGAAGCCUUCCGCGAGCACAUGCCCAUCAUCAAUACGCUGGGCAAUCCGGGAAUGAAGGCUCGUCAUUGGGAGCUGGUCUCCGAGAUUAUUGGGUUCCCCAUUAAGGUGUCGCCCGAACUGACACUGGAGAAGAUUAUCGAGUACCAGCUGGACGAGUAUGUGCCCAAAUUCGAGGCUAUCUCGGAGAGCGCCACCAAGGAGAAUAAUCUGGAGAGGGCGAUGGCCAAGAUGGUCAACGAGUGGGAAGGUGUAGAGUUCUCCAUUUCCCCGUACAGGGAUUCCGGCACAUUCAAGCUGGCUGCCGUGGAUGACAUCCAAAUACUGCUGGACGAUCAAAUCAUCAAGACGCAGACGAUGAAGAGCUCACCCUACAUCAAGCCCUUCGAGGCGGACAUUAUCAAGUGGGAGGCCAAGCUCAUGCUGCUCCAGGAGAUCCUGGACGAGUGGCUGCGUGUGCAGGCCACCUGGAUGUACCUGGAGCCCAUCUUCAGCAGCCCUGACAUACAGCAGCAGAUGCCUGAGGAGGGCCGGCGGUUCAGUGCCGUGGAUAAGAUAUGGAAAGAACUAAUGAAGCAAGUGGCGCAGGACCCCAAAGUCAUGGUGGUGGUGCAAAUCGACAAGAUGAACGACAAGCUGAAGAAGGCGUACAGUCUGCUGGAGGUCAUCCAGAAGGGUCUGAACGCCUACCUGGAGAAGAAACGCCUCUAUUUCCCGAGAUUCUUCUUCCUCUCCAACGACGAACUUUUGGAGAUACUAUCGGAGACAAAGGAUCCGACUCGUGUCCAGAUACACUUGAAGAAAUGUUUCGAAGGCAUCGCCACGCUGAACUUCACCGAGGAGCUGGACGUGACUGCGAUGCGAUCCUCCGAACGCGAGGAAGUCGUUUUGGUGGAUGUGAUCUCGACCUCCAAGGCACGCGGCCAGGUUGAGAAGUGGCUGCUGGAGCUAGAGAUCGAUAUGAAGAAGAGCGUUCACCACAAGGUAGCCGAAGCCUUCUACAGCUACUUGAAGAUGUUGCGGCACAUUUGGGUGCUGACCUGGCCGGGCCAGUGCGUCCAGUCCAUCUCGCUUACAUACUGGACUCUGGAAAUCACCGAGUGCUUCGAGAGCGAGGAGCCUAAGGAGAAUCUAGCCAAGUAUCUGCAGAAAUGCGUCUUGCAGAUCAACAAGAUUGUGGAUUUGGUGCGUGGUGACCUUAAUACCCAGAAUCGUAUCACUUUAGGUGCCCUGGUGGUGUUGGAUGUCCAUGCUCGGGAUGUCCUGGCCGAAAUUGUGGCUAAUCAAGUGGAAGACCUGCAAGACUUCCAGUGGCUAUGCCAGCUGCGGUACUAUUGGGAGGAUAAUAAUCUAGAUACGAGGAUGAUAAACUGCUCCUUGCCGUAUGGCUAUGAAUAUCUGGGGAACACCACGCGGCUGGUGGUUACUCCACUCACAGAUCGUUGCUAUCGUACCCUGUUCGCUGCCUUGAAUCUGCAUUUGGGUGGUGCUCCUGAAGGUCCUGCCGGCACUGGCAAAACCGAGACCACAAAGGAUCUGGCCAAGGCUGUUGCCAAGCAGUGUGUGGUAUUUAAUUGCUCAGAUGGAUUGGACUACCUCGCUUUGGGUAAGUUCUUUAAGGGACUGGCUUCUUGCGGCGCGUGGUCCUGCUUUGACGAGUUCAAUCGAAUCGAUCUGGAGGUGCUCUCGGUGGUGGCACAGCAGAUUUUGACCAUUCAGCGUGGCAUCAAUUCGGGCAGUCCCACGUUGGUCUUCGAGGGCACCACUCUGACACUGGAUCCUACUUGUGCUGUGUUCAUCACCAUGAAUCCCGGAUACGCCGGACGUUCUGAGUUGCCUGAUAACCUCAAGGCCCUCUUCCGUUCGGUGGCGAUGAUGGUGCCGGAUUAUGCCCUGAUCUCGGAGAUUGAGCUGUACUCUUAUGGUUUCCUGACCGCCAAACCACUGUCCGUUAAGAUUGUGGCCACCUAUCGUCUGUGCUCGGAGCAGUUGAGCACACAGUGUCACUACGAUUAUGGCAUGAGAGCUGUAAAGUCGGUGCUGAAAGCAGCCGGUGCCCUGAAACUUCGCUAUCGGGAUGAGAACGAGGACAUCCUGGUGCUGCGCUCCAUCAAGGAUGUGAAUUUGCCCAAGUUCCUCAACCAGGACAUUCCACUGUUCCAGGGCAUCACCUCUGAUCUGUUUCCUGGAACCGUUUUGCCGGAAGCCGACUACGUUCUAUUUAAUAAGUGCACACAGCAGGCUUGUGAAAGGCAAAAUAAGCAGUGCACUCCAUUUGUGCUGGAGAAGGUGCAACAGUUGUAUGAGAUGAUAGUGGUGCGCCAUGGUCUUAUGUUGGUGGGUUAUCCAUUUGGGGGCAAGUCAACCACAUAUCGCGUACUAGCAGAUGCCUUAGAGUGUAUGGAGAAAACGGAUGGCUCCGAAAACAAAGCUAUUUACACGGUGAUAAAUCCAAAGGCCAUUACAAUGGGUCAGCUUUACGGUCAAUUCGAUGCAGUUUCCCACGAGUGGAGUGAUGGAAUCCUGGCGGUAAACUAUCGCAUCUUUGCUGUGUCAGAUUCGCCAGAUCGGAAGUGGCUAAUUUUCGAUGGACCAGUGGACGCGAUUUGGAUCGAAAACAUGAAUACCGUGCUGGAUGACAAUAAGAAAUUGUGUCUGAUGUCCGGCGAGAUUAUCCAGCUAUCAAAUACCACAAACUUGGUCUUUGAACCCAUGGACCUGGAGGUGGCCUCACCAGCCACGGUCUCUCGCUGUGGAAUGAUCUAUUUGGAGCCCAGUUCAUUGGGUUGGGAGCCAUUGGUGGCCUCUUGGAAGAACACCCUUCCCCCGGCUUUCCACACGGUCAGCAAGCAACUGAUAUCGAUGCUAAUCUCUCGAUUUUGUCCUAUUCUCCUGUUUAUCCUGCGAAAAAGUCUGAAGGAAAUUGCACCAACGUCGGAUGCUAAUCUGAUGGUCAGCUUAAUGAACUUCUUUGAGUGCUUUAUAGAUGACUUUCGGGAUGAGAAGUAUGUGGCUAAUGUUUCCGACUUGGAUUUUAGGGCCCAAACCGAGGGAAUAUUCCUUUUCUCUUGCAUUUGGUCACUGGGCGGUUCAUUGGAUGCGGACAGCAGGGAGAAGUUUAAUAUAAUAUUUAGGGCACUGAUGGAGAAGACAUUCCCCCAAAGCCUAUACGACACCUAUGGAGUAACCGAGGAUCUUUAUGUGGAGACCUUGGCGAAGCCAUUCAUAUUCCCUAUUCCCAAACAAGGCUCAGUGUUCGAUUAUAGGUAUAUAAAAGAGGGAAAAGGCAAAUGGAAACCAUGGCAGGAUGAUGUCAACUCCGCUCCACCCAUUCCUCGAGAUAUACCGGUCAAUCAGAUCAUCAUCCAGACCAACGAAAGUGUCCGCAUCGGAGCUGUUUUAGAUUUGCUAAAUCGCCAUGGAAAGCCCAUAAUGUUGGUGGGUCCAACCGGAACUGGCAAAAGUGUCUAUGUCAUCGAUUAUAUGCUCAAGAAGAUGGACUUGUCCAUUUACAAGCCCCUGCUGAUCAGCUUUUCCGCCCAGACGUCCGCCAAUCAAACCCAGGACAUCAUUAUGUCUAAGCUGGACAAGCGUCGCAAAGGCGUCUUUGGCCCACCCCUCAACAGCCGCUUUGUCAUCUUCGUGGACGAUGUCUCGAUGCCGCUGAAGGAGAACUACGGAGCCCAGCCGCCAAUUGAACUCUUGCGAAUGAUGCUCGAUCACAUGAUGUGGUACGAUCGCAAGAACAUCGUGCCCAUGAAGCUAAUCGACUUGCAAAUGAUCGUGGCCAUGGGACCUCCAUCGACGGGAAACACGGUGACUCCUCGUUUCCAACGCUUCUUCAACGUGAUAUCCAUUGAUGAUUUCAACAACGAUAUAUUGAAUACCAUCUUCGGUAAGAUUGUGCUGUGGCAUCUGGACACGAGGGGCUUUUCCAAGGAGUUCGAUCCUUGCAUUGACGAGAUCGUAGGCGCCACCCUGACCAUAUACAACGACGCCAAACUUAAUCUGCUUCCCACCCCGGCCAAAUCCCACUAUCUCUUCAAUCUGCGCGACUUCUCGAGGGUGAUACAGGGUGUCCUGCUGUCCGUUCCCGAGGCAACUGAAGAUGUCAACUCCAUGAGGCGACUGUGGGUGCACGAGGUGUUGAGGGUGUAUGGGGAUCGAUUGGUUGAAGAUGCCGAUCGCAGCUGGCUGUUUGAGAAUAUCUGCAGCACGGUGAAAUCUUCCUUCAAUACGGACCCCUCCCGCCUCUUCAGCCGUCUUGUGGAGAAGGACAAAUCCCUGCAGGAGUCCGAUUUCCGUCAGUUGAUCUACUGUGACUUUACCAAUCCCAAGGCGGACACUAAGAACUAUGUGGAGGUGCAGGACCUGGAGGAGUUGCGCCGUGUGGUGGAGGCAUAUCUGGUGGAGUACAACAACAUGUCGAAGAAGCCCAUGAAUCUGGUGCUUUUCCGUUUCGCCAUCGAGCAUUUGUCGCGCAUAUGCCGCAUCAUAAAGCAGCCGAGGAGUCAUGCUCUACUCAUCGGGGUUGGAGGCUCCGGGCGCCAGAGCUUGACUCGAUUGGCUUCGCAUAUAUGCGACUAUGAGCUGUUCCAGGUGGAAAUCACGCGAUUGUAUGGGCCGUACGAGUACCACGAGGACAUCAAGGCGAUCCUACGCAAAAUUGGGGCAUCCGAGAUGCACGGCGUUUUCCUCUUUACGGACGUCCAGAUCAAAGACGAAUCCUUCCUGGAGGACAUUAGCAAUUUACUGAACUCCGGUGAGGUGCCCAAUCUCUUCUCCAAUGAGGAGAAGAUCGAGGUGCAGGAGAAGAUGGCCCAAAUCGACAAGCAGAGAGAUAAGGCCGUACAGACGGAUGGCAGUCCCGUGGCCUUGUUUAACUUUUUUGUCACGACUUGUAAGGAUCAGCUUCAUAUUGUGUUGGCCAUGUCCCCCAUUGGAGAUGCGUUGCGGAACCGCAUCCGCAAAUUCCCCUCGAUCGUCAAUUGCUGUACGAUUGAUUGGUUCCAGUCCUGGCCGGAGGAUGCACUUCUGGCCGUUUCGACACGCUUCCUGGCCAACGAGGAUCUCACCGCCCUAGAGCGUCGCACAGCCAUUGACAUGUGCAUGGAGUUUCACACCUCAACUCAAGAGCUUUCCGCAAAGUUUUUCUCACGGCUGCAUCGGUACAACUACGUAACUCCCACUUCGUAUCUAGAGUUGAUCCAGACCUUUAAGUCACUGCUCGGCCAAAAGAGGAACAACAUUACAACUAAUCGGAAUCGCUACUUGACCGGCAUUUCCCAGCUAGACAUAGCUGCCCAGCAAGUCGCUGUGAUGCAGGAGCAACUGAUCGCCCUGGAGCCCAAAUUGAAGGAAGCCUCAGAGAUCGUGGCUGAACAGGUGGCCAAGGUGACAGCCGACAGCAAGCUGGCGGAGGAGCAGCGGGAAAUUGUGAAGCUCGAUGAGAGUGCGGCCAAGGAACAGGCGGCUGUAGCCCAAGAGAUUAAGGACGAAUGCGACGCCAAGCUGGGAGAAGCGCUGCCCAUCUUGGAAUCUGCGUUGGCCGCUUUGAAUACUCUAACCACAGCGGAUAUAGCGGUGGUCAAGACCAUGAAGAGUCCUCCAAUUGGUGUGAGGAUCGUCAUGGAGGCGGUUUGCAUCCUGAAGGACGUCAAGCCCGACAAGGUGCCGAAUCCGAGUGGCUUGGGCACUGUGGAGGAUUACUGGGGACCCUCGAAGCGUGUACUGAGCGACAUGAAGUUCCUGGACAGUCUGCUCAAUUUCGACAAGGAUAACAUUCCGGUCGAGGUGAUGAAGAAGUUGGCGCAGCGCAUACUCAGCAAUGAGGCCUUUGAUCCCGACAAGAUUAAGAGCGCGUCCACUGCUUGCGAAGGUCUGUGCCGUUGGGUAAUUGCACUGACAAAGUACGAUGUUGUGGCCAAGAUUGUGGCGCCCAAAAAAUUGGCUUUGGCCGAGGCCGAGGCCACCUAUAAUGCGGCCAUGAAGACGCUCAACGAGAAACUGGCCAUGUUGGCCAAAGUGGAGGCCAACCUGGCCGCCAUCCAGAAGAUUCUGGACGAGCAGCUGCGGCAAUAUGGAAUUUUGCUGGCGGAGCACGAGGCUUGCACCAAAAAGCUACAGCGGGCACAGGAGCUCAUCUCUGGCUUGGGAGGCGAGAGAACCCGAUGGUCUGAGACGGCCAAGAUGCUGCAGGCGAGCUUUAAGAGUGUAACCGGCGACGUCCUCAUCUCAUCUGGCGUGGUUUCGUAUCUGGGCCCCUUCACCAUCGACUUUCGGUUGGAUCAGAUUCGCAAGUGGGUGACCAAGUGCCUUAAUUUCGGAGUUACAUGCACACCUGAUUUUCAAUUGGCGGUCGUCCUGGGAGAACCGGUCGAAAUCCGAUUCUGGAACAUAUGUGGUCUGCCGACGGAUGCGUUCUCCAUCGAGAGUGCCAUUAUGAUGAAAAAUGCCCGACGUUGGCCCCUUAUGAUUGACCCACAAGGACAGGCCAACAAAUGGAUCAAGAACUAUGAGAAGAACAACAAACUCUGCGUGAUUCGGCUCAACCAAGCGGAUUACACCCGUGUCAUGGAGAAUGCCAUCCAAUUUGGUCUGCCCGUGCUCCUGGAGAACAUUGGAGAAGAAUUGGAUCCCGUCUUGGAGUCAGUGCUCCAAAAGACACUUUUUAAACAGGGCGGUGCACUCUGCAUAAAACUGGGCGACUCUGUAAUUGAGUAUAAUCAUAACUUUAAAUUUUAUAUGACAACCAAACUGAGGAAUCCACACUAUCUGCCCGAGGUGGCCGUCAAGGUUACCCUGCUGAACUUUAUGAUCACCACUCAAGGACUACAGGAUCAAUUGUUGGGUAUAACGGUGGCUAGGGAGCGACCUGAUUUGGAGGCGGAGAAGAACAACCUUAUAGUGCAGGGAGCCGAAAACAAGCGGAUGCUGAAGGAGACUGAAGACCAGAUUCUGGAAGUUCUCUCAUCGGCCGAGAAUAUUCUAGAGGACGAGACUGCCGUUCAGAUUCUGAGCUCAGCCAAGGCAUUGGCGAAUGAUAUUAGUGAGAAGCAGGUCAUCACAGAGGCCACCGAAAAGCAGAUUGAUAUCGCCCGAUUAAGUUACGUGCCUAUAGCCGAGCACUCAACUAUAUUGUUCUUCACUAUAGUGGAACUGGCCAACAUCGAUCCCAUGUACCAGUACAGUCUGGUUUGGUUCGUCAACCUGUACAUGUCAUCCAUCGAUAAUACAGAGAAAGUGGACGACAUAGCGGCGCGUCUGUUGGAUCUGCGAAAUCACUUCACCUACAGCCUCUAUGUCAACAUUUGUCGCAGUCUCUUCGAGCGUGAUAAGCUGCUGUUUUCGCUCAUAUUGAACAUCAACAUGAUGAAGCACGACAAUCGGAUUGACAAUGCCGAAUGGAUGUUUCUGCUGACUGGAGGCGUUGGAUUGGAGAAUCCGUUUAAGAAUCCAUCUACCUGGCUGGGCGUCCAGAAUUGGGAUGAGCUCUGUCGCCUGACUAAUUUGCCCAAUUUUAAGGGCCUACGCGAGGACUUUAAUGACAAUGCGGCUCAAUGGAAGCCUUUCUUUGAUUCGAAGACGCCACAGGACAAUAAGGACAUACCUAAGUCCUGGGAAAAGCGAGUGAGCACAUUUCAGAAACUUUUGCUCCUCCGCGUCUUUCGGCCGGAUAAACUGGUUCCGGCUGUGUUAAAUUUUGUAAACGGAGAACUGGGUGAGCGAUUUGUGGAUCCGCCUCAGUUCGAUUUGAUGGCUUCGUUUGCUGACUCCCACUGCUGUGUGCCCUUGAUAUUCAUCCUGACCCCUGGCUCGGAUCCGACGGCCACACUUCUGAAGUUUGCCGAGGAUCAGGGCUUCGGCACGAAUCGAUUGUUUUCGCUGUCCUUGGGUCAGGGUCAGGGUCCCAUUGCCAUGAAGAUGAUAGACGAAGGCGUCAAAAUGGGUAAUUGGGUGGUGCUGCAGAAUUGCCAUCUGGCAGCUAGCUUUAUGCCCUUGCUGGAGAAGAUCUGUGAGAACCUCCUGCCAGAUGCAACGCAUCCAGACUUCAGGCUGUGGCUCACCUCCUAUCCGGCGGAUCAUUUUCCGGUUGUGGUUCUGCAGAAUGGCAUUAAGAUGACCAAUGAGCCGCCAAAGGGUCUGCGAUCCAACAUUCUGCGAUCCAUGAUAAGUGAUCCGAUCAGCGAUCCGGAGUGGUAUGAGUCCUGCACUCAGCCAAGGAUCUUCAAGCAGCUGAUAUACUCGCUGUGCUUCUUCCACGCGGUUAUUCAAGAAAGGCGAUACUUUGGCCCGAUCGGCUGGAAUAUUCCCUACGAGUUUAACGAAACUGACCUCAGGAUAUCCCUGAUGCAGCUGAGGAUGUUCCUCAACCAAUACGAGACUGUUAACUAUGAUGCAUUGCGAUAUUUGACGGGCGAGUGCAAUUACGGAGGACGGGUUACGGAUGACUGGGAUCGGCGCACUCUGAAAACCAUUCUAGAUAAGUAUUAUUGUCCCGCGGUUAUUGAUUUAGAGAAGCCGUACUAUCUGGAUGAAACGGGUCUGUACUAUGUGCCGGUGUUUAAGGAGGUGGACUUGUAUCUAAACUUCACGAGAGACCUGCCACAGAUCUCGUCUCCUGCCAUAUUUGGAUUCCAUGCCAACGCGGAUAUCAUGAAGGACCAAAAGGAGACAGACAUGUUACUUUCGCACACUCUGCUUACGCAGGAACGUUGGGACCUGUAUGAUCGACGCAAAUUGGAGAAAAAACAAAGGGUCUAUGCAGAAACGCUUAGUAAACGCUUUCCAGAAAACCUUUCCCUACCCACUUAUCCCACUUGUCCUCCCUUCCUUGCCCUGUACCAAAUUCCCCUGAAGGAUACUAGUGCCACCUCGGAGGACAGCGGUGGUUCGAAGGCACUAACUCCCGAAGAGGUUGUCACUAAUGUGGCCACCGAUAUCCUGGAGAAGUUGCCAAAGCUAUUCGACCGAGAUGCGGCCCUGCUAAAAUAUCCAACUCGCUACCACCAAAGCAUGAACACGGUGCUCGUCCAGGAGAUGGUGCGCUUCAAUGUCCUACUGAACACGAUCCGAACCAGCCUUAUCACGCUGCGAAAGGGAAUCAAGGGUUUGGUUGUAAUGUCUGCCGCUGUUGAGGCCGUUUACAAGUCCGUCCUGAUAGCCAAAAUACCUGCAAUGUGGGCUGGAAAAUCAUACCCCAGUCUAAAGCCAUUGGGCAGUUAUGUGAACGAUUUUCUGCGUCGCCUUGAGUUUCUGCAGCACUGGUAUGAUAAUGGAGCUCCUUCCACCUUUUGGCUUUCUGGAUUCUUUUUCACUCAGGCCUUCUUAACGGGUGCCCAGCAGAACUACGCGCGGAAGUAUGUCAUAUCCAUAGAUCUUUUAGCCUUCGACUAUGAAGUUCUUUCGGUGGAAGAGUCGCAAAGGCAGGGACUAUCGGGCCCCGAAGAUGGUGUCUAUGUAUAUGGCAUUUUCCUAGAAGGUGCACGUUGGGAUCGCACUGGAAAGUAUCUAGCCGAGUCCCGGCCAAGGGAACUGUUUGAUACGAUGCCAUUGAUUUGGCUAAAGCCACUCAAGCGCGUGGAUCUACCCGAGCGUCAUAACUAUCUGUGUCCAAUGUACAAGACUGCAGAACGGCGGGGAGUAUUGUCCACCACAGGACAUAGUACCAACUUUGUGGUGGCCAUGUUGCUACUCUGCAAUCCCAAUACACCAGUCUCGCACUGGAUUAUUCGCGGCACAGCCUUGUUGUGUCAGCUGAGUUUCUAGGGAUUGCACAUUUAUUCGAUUAAAGUAUAUUUUUUAGGGUCUGCUUGAGGCUCAGGAGGCGUCACCUUCAAAACAGUUACCCAAGAACAUGCGAGCUAAAUAAAUAUAUUUUACCACAA